AUGAGGCUAAGAGAGAGGAGAGAAGAAGAGCAGAGCAACGCCUUCGAGGAGCUCAAACGGCAUUUGGACAGAAAAACUAAAGAGGCGGCAGAAGUGCAAGAUGAGAUGGAGACCCUCAGGCGGGAGCAUGAUAAUCUCAAGUCUCACUUCGCAGAACAGCUCGCAGCAGCCGACUCAGCCAGGGCAGCAAUUUAUCAGGAGCUCAGCGCUACUCGCCAUGUCUCAGACUUGAAAAUGACCGACCUUGAGGAGACCGUGGAACGGCUGCGGAACGAAAAUAAACAACUCAGAGCCCACAAAGAGGCAGCGGAGAGCAGACUGAGGGAGUGCGCACAGGCAGAGAGGCUGGCACAGAUCGAGCGGGACGAAAUGAAGAGGAAACAGGCAAAACUUGCAGCCCAGCACGAGGCCUUGAAAAAAAGUCUCCAUGAAAUACGCGUCAGCGCAGCUGAGGCCAGACGCAAGCAGCUGAAGCAGCAGGGAAGCAGCAAUGAUUCUUGA